CUGGUCCCACCAACCCGCACCGCUACAACAGCUGGGGGAGGAUUUCCGACCCAGUCUCAGCGAAGAUGGUGGUAGUUACAGGAGUGGAGGUAUUACGUUCGCCCGGAUAAGACGGAAAACCAGCCGCAAGCUCCCGCUGCAGGUCUGUUUUUAUUCAGCCCCCAACUCCAGCAGAGAGCUAUGUGGGGGGGGAGAGAAAGGGAGGCAACCAGCGGCGGACGGAAGAGGACGCACCACAGCCAGAGCGCACAGUGUUGUGUUUGUUGGACACAUGCAUGCCAGCGAAAACUAGUGCUAUCCAGACCUAAGGAAUUGGUUGAGAUAAGGAGAUAGUGCUGUUUGUGGGGCGGUUUUUGAUUAAUCCCACCGAAGAGAUAUCCGAGGGCUUUUACUUUAUUGCUCUGGGGGGAUAUUCUGCUUCUUUGCUCAGGGGGGAAUGCGAGGGAAGGAAAUCCAGCCUCAGCUCCAAAUAACCAGAGACUCCUAACUGGGUCUCCUCUCCAAACGCAGGAAAUACGGCCUGGGAAAAAAAGUUUGGGAGCUUUUGGAAAACGAGAGGGGGCCUAUCGCUGACGUUUUGCACGCGUUUUACGACGUGAUUUUUUUUUUUUUUUUUAAAGUACUACGUUUUUUUGUUUUAAGCGCUCCUGUUAUUCCUCAGAAUAAGUUGAAGAAACACUUUCAAAUGUUACACGCUGUUGGUGUUGUUAUUGCAAGAGUUUUGAUCAUCACUAUUUAUAGACCAGCCUGUUCCGACCGAGGCUGUUCCUCAUAGCUGUAUAUUUUGCCAACUGCGCGCAACAAGUUGCAGACACUCCCAGCAGAGGCAAACCUACACUAAUUUGGGCCAGCGGAUGGUAUUUUCUGCGCUUCUCUUUUCGGAUUACGCGUCUUUGAACAGCGCAUACCCCUCCCCGACCCCCUCUUUGGAAGGCAGAGGGGGAAUAAACGGUGAAGAUCCGGAGACGGAGUUCAGGAAAGGACGGGGCUGGAUCCGUGGGAAUAGGCCUGCCUGUCAGGCCUCUUAUGAUCUGGAUCUUGGACUGGACAGGGCUCCAAAAUAACUCAGUUUGGAAUAUUUUAAAGGGUCUCCUAGAAUAAAGAUGGAAGGUGAAUGUAUGGGAAUAGAAAAUGCAAAUCCAUAGCACACUGAGCCAUGCAUGAGAGGGCAUGUAGUGGAAGAUAAAGCCGCCUUAAUUACAGAUCACCUACUUUUUUAAUUAACGGAAUGAACAGUUUGCAUUUUAAAUUGGAGUGGAUCUUUAUGUAAAACAUUUAAAGCACAUUAAGUAAAUUACGUUAUCUAAAAAGGGUCUUUUAAGUGAGGGCUGAUAAAUUAUUGCUUUUUUGAAUAUAUUUUUAAUAGGUUUGAUGCUUUAUAAUGACAGAAUUCAUGAUGUUCACACAUUUUUAUUUUUGCACUACCAGCUGUUCAUAGCGGCAAGAUUUGUUAGGUGUUUUUAAGAGGGGAAAGGAAGUGUAAAUGGGCCAUUUGUCGCGCAUGUUGUGGAGAUAAGAGGGACAGGGUAACUUUUGUGGCCACUUGCUGUGCACAACGCCAACUGUUGACAGCCUCUAUCUGUAUCUGCUCAUACAAUGAAGCUCUGGACCUGGACGCAGUUUUUCCACGCAAAUCACGUUAUUUCGGAAUAAAAAAAAUCUGGGCAUUUUUCCUGCCGCUAUCUGACUUUGUAAUGUCAGCAGUAUCGAAAUAUUGCGCAAAUCCAGUGGAGAUCAUUUCCAGCCAUGUAACGUCAGGACUGACUUGAUGAAGGCAUAAAAAAAAAAAAAAAACCCCGUUGCAUCACUAACCAGUCCUUUCCGAGAAGGAUGUUCAAUUCAGCAGGCAGAAAGAGUGAUGACAGUGUUUCUACCACAGCUGGAGAGAAAGCCGGGCUCAAACCCAGAGCCUCUUUGGAGAAGGAUACAUGUAAUGUGAGUACUGACGCAAACCCGGGGUCGGAUAAUGAACUGCUCAAGAAACUGGAACGGCGCGUCUUGUGUGAGUGAGUGUGCGGGCUGCUGUGUGCGUAGCAAAGACGUCUGUGCCGUGCUCACCAUUCAUGCAGUGUGAAUAUUCCAACAAACACCUUUGCUCUCUCUCUCUCCCUCUCUGUCUGUCUGCCUGCCACUCUCUCGCCGCCGCCUCCUCCCUUUCUCCGUGCCACAUGUGCACACACGGCGCCCACGUACCGCGUCUAAUUGCCUGAGCGCCAUCAAAAGAUAUAAUUAAUAUUUAACACCUCUUCUGCACCCCCUCGUUUCCUCGUCACACCAGUCAAUAUGGCCACUCUGCAACAUCACCGGCAGCUUCUCAUGCAUGGCACGGAAGUGAGCUGCGACUCCAGCGGGGAUGGCGCCGUGACCGUGCGGAUUACCAACAGCGCGCCACACGUGCAUCAACAUGAGCCACUGAGGGCUGCCAGCAGUGGAGCGGGAGGAGCUGGGGGCUAUGGGGCUGUGAGUAAAAUGAACCCUAACCUCCACAAAUACAGUAUCUCCUCCAGCUGCAGCUCAGCAGACUCCAGACCAGCUGCGGCCACCACUUCCAGGGUGCUAAGGAAGGCGCCACCACUGUUUGAACGCUCUGCUGCCCAGUGCUGGGACCCCAAGUUUGACUCCCCCAUCCUGGAGGAGGCGUGCCAAGAGAGGUGCUUUCCUCAGACACAGCGCCGCUUCCGUUAUGUUCUCUUCUACCUGGCAGUGGCAGCUGUACUCUGGGGGGUGUACUUUGGGGUCAAUAGUGACCGCUGCAACACCAUGACCUUCCUAGCCCCCACAGCCUGCUUUUUAGUGCUCCUAGUGCUACUCUUUUUGUUCACCCUAACCCAGCCCUACACAUGGCUGUACAACCAAACCUCUUUGCUGCUGAUCGCGGUCACCUUCGCCAUCACCUUAGCCCCACAGAUACAGACUGCCGGCUACACUGAGUUCAAAUCGGAUGGUGGUGGGAAUGCCUCAUAUCACUCACCAGACAAAGUAGCACCACCUCCAACCCCUUGCAUCUCCCCUGUGGGCACCUUUUCCCUGUGCAUGGAGGUUCUGUUGUUAUUAUACAGUGUCCUCCAUGUCCGUCUGUAUGCCUCAGUGUUGCUGGGGCUCCUGUAUUCUAUAUUGUUUGAGGCAUUAGAAUGGCUACCAUUGCUUCAAAGGAGUUAUGACACUACUGAAUGGGGGACAGGAUUAGUGGGUUCAGGUUCUAACUGGGAAGGAGAUACCCUCCGCUGGCUGGGCCCUGCUAAAGCUCUGCUCCAUUUGUGUGCCCACGUCAUUGGCAUUCACUUGUUCAUCAUGUCAGAGGUGCGUUCCCGCAGCACCUUCCUCAAAGUGGGACAGGCGAUCAUGCAUGGCAAAGACUUAGAGGUGGAGAAGGCCUUGAAGGAGCGUAUGAUCCACUCAGUCAUGCCGCGGCGAGUUGCAGAUGAACUGAUGAAGCAAGGUGAUGAUGAGGGCGGUGGUGAGAACUCUGGUAAGCGUUAUUCCUCUGGUGCCUGCUCUGCCUCAGCUGUCUCAGUGGGUGGUGUAGGAAGCGGUGGAGCUUCACAAGCCACAAGUGCCACAAACCCCAAGAAUCACCCCCACAACAAUCACAAACGCAAGAAAACCUCCAUCCCCCGUGGACAGAUCAUUUUCCGGCCUUUCAAUAUGAAACGCAUGGAGCCCGUCAGCAUCCUCUUUGCGGACAUAGUGGGUUUCACUAAAAUGUCUGCCAAUAAAUCAGCACCAGCCUUGGUGGGCCUUCUCAAUGAUCUGUUUGGACGUUUCGACAGGCUCUGUGAACUAACCUGUUGUGAGAAGAUCAGCACUCUGGGAGAUUGCUACUACUGUGUAGCUGGCUGCCCUGAACCUAGACCAGACCAUGCCUAUUGCUGUGUGGAGAUGGGCUUGGGCAUGAUCCAGGCCAUUGAGCAGUUCUGUCAGGAGACAUGUGAGACCGUCAGCAUGCGUGUUGGUGUCCAUACAGGCACCGUCCUGUGUGGGAUCCUGGGAAUGAAGCGCUUCAAGUUUGAUGUAUGGUCAAAUGAUGUGAAUCUGGCAAACCUAAUGGAGCAGCUGGGUGUGGCGGGCAAGGUCCACCUGUCAGAAGCUACUGCCCGUUUCCUGGAUGACCAUUACCAGAGGGAGGAUGGGCGGGUGGCAGAGAGAGCCGGGCAGAGUGUGGUGGAGAAACUGAAGGGACUGAAAACCUACCUGAUCUCAGGAAGGAAGGUGGAGCAUGAUGUGCAGUGUAGCUGUUCUCAGGUGGGACUGUCAGACGGAGAUUUUGUCAGAGUCAACCUAUCCUCCUGCCCUCAGCCCCGCACACCGGACCUCAUCCCCGGGGGAGCGCAGGCUGCUGAGCCCCUGCUUCCCCACCAGCCACCAGACAGGAUCGGGCCUCCCUAUGUGUCCCGUAGUGUGGUCUUGUCUUCGGGGGCCGAGCAGAGUGAUGAUGUGGCUGUGCUGAACGGCUGCCAGGAGGAGCAAAAGACCAGCAGCGCCAAGUUUAUCCCAGGUCACAGCCCCAGGGCAGCCAAUGGUCUCCUGAGUCCCCCGCUAGAGGACCCAGUGCGAGCCAGCCAGAGCUCCCUGUGCGACAUGCUCCAGGAGAAAGAAAAGAAGACUAGCACUAGCACAGGCACUGGCACCAGUCUAGGCAUGGCUGGCACAGGGGCAGCAGGCCCGGGAAUGGACCACUCUGCCCUGAUCCAACUGCGUGCCAAGAACUUCAGAGAAAAGAGUGAUGGCCAUUUUGUGGAUGUUAUCAGGGAGGACAGUCUGAUGAAGGACUACUUUUUCAAGCCACCCAUCAACAAGAUCAGCCUCAAUUUCCUAGAGAGACCUCUGGAAAAGGCCUACCGCAGCAGCUACAAGGAGGAGGUGAAGAACCAGGUUCAGGUGCAGACAUUUGCGAGCUCCACCUUCAGCUCCUUCCUGGAUGUUCUCCUCAGCUGUUUUGUCUUCCUAGCCCUGACACUGGCCUGCUUCCUUCCACCUCUGGUGAGCCCGGCUACCGUGGGCCCUCCAGCUCCCGCUGCUCUGGCUGUGGCUCCCCUGGCCGGUCUGCUGGAGCUGGCCUCCCUGGUGCUGUCCAUACGUAUGGCCUUCUAUCUGGAAGAGGUGAUGAACUGUACUCGCUCCCUGCUCCUGGUGGUCUCUGGAUGGGUCCCCCGUCACAUGAUUGGGGCUGUGUUAGUCUCCCUCCCCGCCAUCUCUGUCUUGUCCCACCUCACUUGCAGUGUCCACUUGCCCCUGCAGGUGACCAUGUUCUUGUGCUGUGCCACCAUCCUGGCCAUCAUCCAGUAUUGUAACUUCUGUCAGCUAAGUUUUUGGAUGCGCUCAGUCCUGGCCACUGCUACAGGGGUCGCCUUGCUGCUGUUGCUGUACAGCCCCUUUCACAGGUACAGCUCCAGUAAUAACAGCUUGCCAGUUCAUGGACUGAACAUCUCCACAUCCAAUGAUGAUAGUGCAGCAUUAGUAACUCCUGACCCUACCCAGCGACCUCUUGACCUUCUGGUCCCAGAGGCUGUCCUGGCCUUCUUCUUGCUUCUUCUCCUGGUCUGGUUCCUCAACCGUGAGUUUGAGGUCAGCUACCGUCUCCAUUACCAUGGCAAUGAAGAGGCUGACAAACACCGCUCAAAGAUCCAGAUGAUGCGAGACCAGGCUGAGUGGUUACUUGGCAACAUCAUCCCUAUCCACGUCGCUGACCAGCUCAAGGUGACCCAGAGCUACUCCAAGAACCAUGACAGUGUGGGUGUGAUCUUCGCCAGUAUCGUAAACUUCAGCGAGUUUUAUGAAGAGAGCUACGAGGGUGGAAAAGAGUGCUACCGUGUCCUCAAUGAGCUCAUUGGAGACUUUGACGAGCUCCUUCGCAAACCCGAAUUCAAAAGCGUGGAAAAAAUCAAGACAAUCGGUGCCACAUACAUGGCAGCGUCGGGACUGAAUGUCCGGCAGCUGGCUGAGAAUGAUGAGGACUCUCCGCACGCUCACCUGAGGGCACUUUUCAACUUUGCCCUGGAGAUGAUGGGCGUCCUGGACGACUUCAACAAGAACAUGCUGGGUUUUGGUUUCAAGCUCCGUAUUGGAUUUAACCACGGGCCGCUGACGGCGGGCGUGAUCGGCACCACUAAGCUGCUCUAUGACAUCUGGGGAGACACGGUCAAUAUUGCCAGCCGCAUGGACUCCACCGGCGUGGAGUGUCGGGUGCAGGUGAGCGAGGAGAGCCACGCUGUGCUCAGUGCCAUGGGCUUAGAGUUUGACUAUAGAGGCACAGUGAAUGUUAAGGGCAAAGGUCAAAUGAGGACCUUUUUGUACCCCAAAAGUGGGGAAAGUAUAUGUCAGGAUCGAACGGAGCAGGGCGCCAGCGUUGGACCAUCGUCCAUGGCAUCAACAGCCAAUAAGACUGUUGCCCAAGCAGCAGCUAUUCCUCCCUCUUUUUCCUCCUGUCCCAGUCCUCUUCCUUCCUCCUCCUCUCUUUCCUCACUCCCUCCUCAACCACAAAGCGCUGUAAAGCCCUCAAGAGCAGGGCCUGAGACUGUCCAAGCUAAGUCCACAGAGGUGAGGGAGGAAGGAUAUAGGGACGCUCCACACCUCCCCGGGCAGCCCCCUGCCACAGCUCUACACCUCCCUCCCCACUCUGAACUAGGUCCAGAGCCUAGUGUUGCACAGGUGCCCUCCCAGGUGCAGCCUGCUCCUCUCGCACUUCAAGAAGAAGGGGAUGAAGAAGAGGAGGCCAACGAGCUAACAAAACUCAACGAGGAGUUUUAUGCUCGUCUCUGAUCCCUUGUCUCCUCUUCCUCUGUCUUCCGUCCCCCUGCUGCCCCCAGCAUCUGCUUCUCCAGGACUGACUGCAGGCAUGGGCAGGAUGUCCCUUCCUUUAGGCAUGGGCCAAGAGUCUUCGGCACGGAUGAAGACGAGGGAGUUUAUCUGUCCAACACAAACAGUGGCUACAGUGGCUAUAAAAAUGGCUAUUAGCGUCUUUCAUGGGGAUGUUGCCUUGAGUGCUGGGGUGGGUUAGACCUGUGUUGAGCACAGCAGUGUAUAGGGGAGGAAGCUGAAAGGGGUUCAGAGGGAAGGAAGUGUUGUUGGUGUUGUUCAUGGUGUUUUUUCUUAUUCGUUUUUGUUAUUAAGUGCCUUCAGGACUAGAACAGUGAACGAACAAACAUAAAUACUGAACAAAGUUUCAACAAUCUUAGACUACGGAACAUGCUGUGGUUUCUUAUGCCAUGCUUUUAUUUUCAAUGCAAGUAUUUCUUUAAACAAAUCAUUAUUGUUGUGCCAUAUCAUUUUUUUUAACUUGAUCAAAGUCUUGACCUUACUUAAAGGAAAAUAAUUUUAGAUUCUAUAUAAGUGCCAGUGCAGCAUGAUGGGCUGAGCAGGGAACUAUGGGAAGAAUGAGGGAAUCACAUGAAGCAGUGUUAAUUUAUGUAUUCUGCUUUGAUAUAAGGGCUUAAUACAGUAUUCAUUUGUGCUAGAGUCUCGGUAAAAGGGGACAUGCUAUGAAGCAGGCUGCAUAGAUUUUAGUUUGUGUAGCAGCUAAAUGCACAUUUUAAGCACAGGUCUUGCACAGUGUUUUCUCGACCACUUGUAUUUGGUAGUUAUUACAUUGAAAUAGCUUUUAAGAAAGUUUAAACAGAGCUCUUGUCUAUCACAACAAGUACAAUCAAAAGCACAAAAUCAAAUAAGAUAAGGGAAUAUAGAUUUGGAAGAAAGGGUGUUUUUAAAAAGUGAGAUCAUCACAAAAACAGGAAGGCACUUUAAAAUAUACUUAAGUGAUACUCCACACAAGAUGUGUCUUCUGAGUAUGAAACAUUCCCUGUAGACCUGAAAGAUGGGUGUAAAAAAGGUUGUAGUUUAAUCCUAAAUGGAGCACAGUGAGAAGGUGAGAUCAGAUUGAAGUGAUGUUGGAUUCCACAGAAAGUUCUCAAACCAAUCCUGCAGCAUAUUCCGCUGAUCUGCCGUCCCUCUGCAUGCUCAGUGGGUUCCAGUUUUAUAUCCACCAAAGUAUGGCUGAAUGCUCUUAUUCAGUGUUCUUUCACGACCCGGUCUGCUUUUUCAUUGGCCAGAAUCUCUCCAUUGGAGCUCACCCAUUGGCUAGACUGAAACCGACUGUGCAAACUACAAACUUGUUACACCUUCAUAUAUUCAACAUUUUUGUUGUUAACAAAUCCCGUGAAAAGACCGAAACCAACCGUUGUUUUCGCCUUUUUUCAAUUAUAGCCUGCCGUAGAGUAAUGACAGGAAACGGAGGGAAGAGGUUGGGAAUGACACGCAACAAAGGUCCCAAGCUAAAAAUGAAACGGGGGACGUUGUAGUUCAUGGUUGCACUUUAACCUCUAGGCCAGCACUGCAGUACACAGACAAUACUUGUUAGUAAGAUUAAUUGAUAGUUGGUUUCGGUAUUUUCAUCAGAUUUGUUACCAAUCAGAAAAAUACACCAAAUGAACCCUUUUAAAACUUACAGCGGGGUGCGAGUUUGAUAUUUUGAGUGGAGUAUCGCUUGAAGUGGGACUGUGAGGGACAAUCACUGUGUAGUUCUUGAUAGAUGAUAGGGUGGUCCACAUUGCUGUUGGUGAAAGUGUCAGAGCACAGAUCAAGUAAAGUUUCUACAGUACUGUGUGUAAAACCUCAGACUCAAGUUUUGUGACGUUCCAUUCGUUGCCUUCAUUACCAGAAGAGAAAAACAAACAUUGGUCAGUCCAUCAGUAUAUAUUUAUUCAGUAGUUAAGUAUUGUCUGCCUUUAGCUGUGUGAUUUGCUGUUGAAGGGGUGGGACUUUUAACUUUAUCCUGUCACAGCCUUUAUACGGAGAGGGCCCUCUACUGUAUCAAUAUACUUAAAUUGUGCCACUUUAAUUGAGUGAACUCUAGGUGCAGUGCAACCUAAACUAGCUGAUUGUUUUGUGGUGCCUAAAAGUAUGACUGUAUUUUUUGAGUAUUUUGGUUUUCAGAAAGUUUUUUUUUUUUUAAUCAAUGCUGUUUUCAUAAUGAGGAUAGAUUAUGAUUGUAUGUUUGAAGAAAAUAUGCUUGUUGUGCAGGUUUUGCUGCAAUUGUUUUUGACAAAUUCCAUCCAUUUUUAUGGUUUUUUUUUGCUCUUUUCCAGUUCUUUCAUUCUGUCAUUGACCGGUCACUUGGGAUAGUGUGGUGGUGUUCCCAUCGAAUAGCUGGCACCUCUGUAGUUCUCUUUGCUCUUAACUCACUUCAUGCUUGGUCUUCACUCCUGAAAGCACUUGUUUCCCCCUUGUACUUUGUGUGUGUGUGUAUGUGUGUGAGAAAGAUAUUUUACUUUUUACUCCGACUCAGUAACACGGAAAAGAUCACUGUAAUAUGAUGCGAAAGGAGAUCAGUCAACUACAUGGCCACUGUUUAACUGUUAUUUUGCUGUUGCUGCCAUAUCUGUGUUACACAAACAAAGCUAAAUUGUUGUUUAAAAAAAUAGAAGACCUUGAAAUUUGAAACCUGUAUAAUGAUCCACAGCCACAUCUUUUAGUGACAGGUCAACAUUUAGGCUAAAGAAUCUUGCCAUGAGAAGUUAUGGCCACACACACAGAUACAGAGUUGACAUGUAAAAGGAGGAACCAUUUCUAUCCGGGGCAUAAAAAGCCAUUGUGCACUCCCAACAUACACAACCAGUGCCUUUUGAAUUAGGAAUAUGUUUAAUCAGCGUGUGUGAGCUAUGAUUAUUUGCAUCAAAUAAUCCUGAUUAGUAGCAUAAGUACCUUGAAUAUCCAAAGAAGCUUCUCCAGAAGCCGUCAGUCUAGAUUGAGACGCAAAAAUGGCUGCAUGAGAUCUGCUUUGUUGACUGAAAUCUUUUUCAGAGGCACAUCUCUUCUCAACACGCUGAAGUUUGCCAAACCUAAUAAACCAUACCAUGGCAAGUUAUGAAAACAGAUGAGAACAUCGGGUAUGACAUUUUUGAAAGAAAGUUCUUGUUUUUUUCCCCCACAUCUUUCCACAUUACCCUUCUGCCUCACGUUGUUAGAUAAUCCUCGGUGAUCUUAAGGUCAUGUUGCUGUAGGCCCCAACAUGCACAAGAGUGACAGACACAAGCCAUAGCAGAUUUCCAGGUCGGGGACUCCACAGGUUGAUGGGCACACCACCUCUCCAGUAGCACACAUCUGUACACACGUAUAAAUAAAAUAUUAAAGUGAACACUGCUGGCUCUGUUAUCUGUGAUACAGUAGGGGGAGAAGAGUGUGUGAUGUUGUUUGCAUGGAAACUAAUGAGCAAAUUUUCCUCUUUGCUAGACACACUACAUGAUUGAUUCGGCACCAUGCUAUCAUCCUUUUAUUUCAUUUCAAUAUCAUUAUUUCUACAAUUAUGUUGAACAUUAAGCAUGUGUUGACAACACGCAGGAUUCUUCAAAUCACUUUUAUUUUUUAUUUUUUAUCAUUUAAGCUUACUUGGACUUUGUCCUUCUCUGACAGUGUUUUGAUGGAUGAUGUGUGUAUGACGACAUUUAUUUUUGUUUUGGCCCUAGAAGUCUGGCGCUCCAGUUAAACAAUGCAAUCAAGAAAACAGCCAAGUGCAUUGAGGAGAAGUUUUUAGACAUUCAGUCAUCUCUUUUUGUGGAAGAAGUUUGAUUCUGCUUUGUGACAGAACCAUAAGGGAGAGGUAUAAAGGCACAGAGUUUUAUUAGGACUUGUUAAAAUCAUCACAGCAAAAUAGCAUUGCCUAAUCACUCAUUUAAAUGGUGACAGCACUACAUCUUUUCAUUAUAAAUUGUCUAGUAAAUUCAACCCAUAUGUGUUUUUUAUUACACUGGGACAAAAAAUUAGACAGAGUUGUUUGAUUUAAAAUCUUUGUGUAUUUGUUUUGUUCCUGAAUGAGAUGUAUUAUGUAUGUUUUGUGCACAUUACCCAUGUAUCAUUUAUCAACACAUGAUCGUAAUCUGUACACAUUUGCACAAAGCACUCAGUGUUUGUACAUAUGCAGUUAUUUUAUGUCACAUAUGAUUUUUUUUAUACAUGUGCAUGUGUCAGAUUUUGCCAGAAAACAAUGAAACAUUGACGCGUAUUAUCAAA